AUGAAAGUAUGGAUAAUUGAAUGGAUAAAUGAAUGGAUAAAUAAAUUGAUAAAUGAUUGGAUUAAUGAAUGGAUUAAUGACUGGAUAAAUGAAUGGAUAAAUGAAUGGAUAAAUGAAUGGAUAAAUGAAUGGAUAAAUGAAUGGAUAAAUGAAUGGAUAAAUGAAUGGAUAAAUGAAUGGAUAAAUGAAUGGAUAAAUGAAUGGAUAAAUGAAUGGAUAAAUGAAUGGAUAAAUGAAUGGAUAAAUGAAUGGAUAAAUGAAUGGAUAAAUGAAUGGAUAAAUGAAUGGAUAAAUGAAUGGAUAAAUGAAUGGAUAAAUGAAUGGAUAAAUGAAUGGAUAAAUGAAUGGAUAAAUGAAUGGAUAAAUGAAUGGAUAAAUGAAUGGAUAAAUGAAUGGAUAAAUGAAUGGAUAAAUGAAUGGAUAAAUGAAUGGAUAAAUGAAUGGAUAAAUGAAUGGAUAAAUGAAUGCAUAAAUGAAUGGAUAAAUGAAUGGAUAAAUAAAUGGAAAAAUGAAUCGAUAAAUGAAUGAAAACGUAAAGAAAAACGUAAAGAAAAACGUAAAGAAAAACGUAAAGAAAAACGUAAAGAAAAACGUAAAGAAAAACGUAAAGAAAAACGUAAAGAAAAACGUAAAGAAAAACGUAAAGAAAAACGUAAAGAAAAACGUAAAGAAAAACGUAAAGAAAAACGUAAAGAAAAACGUAAAGAAAAACGUAAAGAAAAACGUAAAGAAAAACGUAAAGAAAAACGUAAAGAAAAACGUAAAGAAAAACGUAAAGAAAAACGUAAAGAAAAACGUAAAGAAAAACGUAAAGAAAAACGUAAAGAAAAACGUAAAGAAAAACGUAAAGAAAAACGUAAAGAAAAACGUAAAGAAAAACGUAAAGAAAAACUUAAAGAAAACGUAAAGAAAAACGUAAAGAAAAACGUAAAAAAAAACAAAGAAAAACGUAAAGAAAAAUGUAAAGAAAAACGUAAAGAAAAACGUAAAGAAAAACGUAAAGAAAAAUGUAAAGAAAAACGUAAAGAAAAACGUAAAGAAAAACGUUAA